AGUCGUUACCCAUUCCCUUCAUUCACAAUCACAACCACGCCGACCCCUUGUUUUUUUGUUGCAAACCACAAGCUUUCUCGCUUUAUCCCUAUCUUUUUUCUCAUUGCAAGACAUACGAAUUGGGUAGAGCUGUGUUGGAAGAUGUUGGCAGUCAAAGAACUUUUAAGUGAACUUGCUGGGGAAGAGGAAAACGAGCAAGGUUUGCCGCCUGGGUUUCGAUUUCACCCAACUGACGAAGAACUGGUAACCUUCUAUUUGGCUUCAAAGGUAUUUAAUGGAUGCUUCUGCGGAGUGGAGAUUGAGGAGGUUGACCUUAACAGAUGCGAACCAUGGGAGCUUCCAGACGUGGCGAAAAUGGGGGAGAGGGAGUGGUACUUCUUCAGCCUGAAGGACAGGAAAUACCCGAGCGGGCUGAGAACAAACAGAGCCACGGGAGCCGGGUACUGGAAAGCCACAGGCAAAGAUAGGCAAGUAUACAGUACCUCAAGUAGAGCUCUUUUGGGCAUGAAGAAAACCCUUGUUUUCUACAAGGGCAGAGCGCCCCGUGGAGAGAAGACCAAGUGGGUUAUGCAUGAGUACCGCUUGGACGGUGACUUCUCCUGCCGCCCGUCCUGCAAGGAAGAAUGGGUGAUCUGCAGAAUAUUCAACAAAACGGGUGAGAAGAAAAAUGCCCUCGCUCAAGGACAAAGCUAUUUGAUGGCAGUAUCUUCGUCUUCAGCAACUUUUUUGCCUCCGCUGCUUGAAACCCCGGGUCCAGUAUCGUUCUUAGAAUCUCAAACUCUAAUGCAAACUCGCAAUUCUUAUCUGAUUCACCGCCAAGAAAAAGACAUGAAAAGCCUGAUAAACACGGCUGUCCCACAAUCACAGUCCCGGCUCUUCCCAUCCAAUGGGUUCUUUUCAGCCAUAUCCACCAUUGCUGCUAGUUGCGCAACCGACAAGCACACUGAGACAAACGCCAACAACUCAUCAGCGUCGAUGCUCUUCAAGUCCCUGCUCUCACAUCAAGGUUGCACCUCGAAGGAACAAGCUACUAUUCCCAGACUGUGCAAGACUGAGGCUAACUUUUCCCAUUUAGAUUCCAACACAACCAUGAAGUGGAUGGACAAGAUUCAUCCCACCCCACCAUGUCAAAAUCCCUUGUUUGAGAUGGAUUAUACUGUGUCGGGGUUUUCUGAAGCUGCUGUUACGGGCCGUGACAUGUCCAAUUCAAUUGCUUUCAAUCGGACCAGCGGUCAGAUUAUUUUAAAUCCUCCCGCCACGGCCUCUGGAGAAUCCUGGCCACUGGAUUGUUAA